AUGACGGCUGCACCAGCGCCCUGCCUCGACGAGCGUGACCACAACACGAAGCCUCCGACGACAACCACCGCCGAAGCCGCCGAAGCCGCCCUGCGAGAUUUGGACGACAGCAUCCGGGCAGCCGAUCUCGGACCUACGCUCACGAGCCGGCCUGAGCCCCCUACCGCUACCGCCACUGCCGCUGCUUCUGCUGGCGUGCUGAGCUGGCAGGACAACGAGCCGGCCCACGACGGACACGGCGACAGAGACGUCGAGGAGGAGCUAGGGCUGCAGGCGUCGCUGUAUUAUGACGCGACGACCAUGGCCUCGUUGAAUCCAUUCUCCGUCGCCGCCAUCAACCGUCUGAGGGCCUACAAGCCGCCCGCUUUCCCGCUGUGGGAUGCGCUGCCGUCGCGCAAGCGAGCUGCCGUCCUGGUGCUCCUCUACGCCGACCGCUGGGGUGACCUGCGCGUCGUCGUCACCAUGCGCGCCGCCAGCCUCCGGAGCUUCUCGGGCCACGCCGCGCUGCCCGGGGGCAAGGCGGACAGCCGAGAGGAAACACCGUAUCAAAUCGCCCGCCGAGAGGCCUUUGAAGAGAUCGGCCUGCCCAUGGACGACGCCGGCAUCCCCAAGCCGUUCCGCAUCGAACCGCUGUGCACGCUACCGCCCUCGCUCGCUCGGACGCACCUCGUCGUCACCCCCUGCGUCGCCUUCCUCCACGCCGACGGCGGCGGGCCCGGCGCUCUCGUCGAGGAGUCGCUCAUCCCCCGGCUCGACGCCCGCGAGGUCGCCGCCGUCUUCAGCGCCCCUUUCUACAACUUCCUCAAGGCCCAAGACCUGCCGCCGCGCCCCGGCCAGGCGGCUCUUCCGCCCGGUCCCUGGUACGAGGGCGCGUGGAUGACGUGGAAGGAUUUGCCCUGGCGCGUCCACAACUUUUACGUGCCCGUCAACAAUCAACGGGUGUCGAGACCGCGCCGCGGCAGCAGCCGGGCCCAGGGCUACCCGGGCGAGAGGGUCGACGAGGAGCAGCCGUUCGAGGGUCGCUUCAAGGUCUGGGGCAUGACGGGCCGGCUGCUGGUCGACGCGGCGAGGAUCGCCUUCGGCGAAGAGCCCGAGGUGGAGCACAACGAGACGUACGGGGACUAUGACAUCAUCCGGCGCGCCGAAAUAGAGGGUGCCUUUCACGAGGCGGGAGAGCAAAAGAUCUGA